GUCUCCUCUACAAUGCUAACAGUUCCUUUCCCAACCUAUUGCGUCCUUUAAAGUUGGAUCCAGGGUUGCAAAGAGAAAUGUCUCCAGGUAAUUCACAGCCAUGUUUCUGCCCCCUUAUCCUGUCCCCUGAUGAGACACUGGACCAUGCCUCAGGGCCUCUGCUGAUACCCACCCUGGCUCUAAUGCCAUCCUUCUCCAGAAGCCACCCCCACUUAUGCAGGGAGUAGCCCCAUCCGAAGGCAGGUUCAGCCUGUCUUUGUGAGUCUGGGUGUGGUAGGAAACUGAGAUCCUUGGAGGCCUCGUUGCCUGUUUCCCUAUAAGGUUAUGUAGCAAAGUCUCGUAAGUUCUCUCUCUGUCUCUCUCUGUCUCUCUGUCUCUGUCUCUGUCUCUGUCUCUCUCCCUCUCCCUCUCUCUCUGAACCUACCACAGCUCAGCUCAUCCCUUCGUGGCCAGAGCUGCUCAUAGACAAAGGAAGAAAAGGUAAACAGCAUUUCAUACAAGAAUGGAGAUGCUCCCACAUACACCGCAGAAGGACAGAAUGGGGAUAUCGCCCCACCACAGGAGGACCAGGACCUGAGCCUCCUAUCAUAUAUUCCUUUCCACCCCUGGGUGAGACCUGAUCUAUCCCUGAGGUGUGGUGUGAAUAGACUCCAGAGCAUCUGGGUUUCAUGCCAUUGAAAUUUUAAAUAUAUGAAUCCCUACCCUCCAUUUCUACUGUCCUUCUGUACAAAUGAUAUCAACAUUUUCUUAAAUGUCAGAGGGAUCACAGAAAUGGUACUGCAAGAAUUAACAUGUGUUAGUGAUCAUGUUAAAAAAAAUAUGGCAAUAUUGGGUGAGGGCCAAAAUAGCAGGGAAUUGUCAACCAAAUAAAUAUUGCAUAUGUAAACUGUACAUUCUUAAAACACUGGUGGUUGUGGAAACUACAGCCUUAAAAAACAAAACAAACAAACAAAAAAGAACUGUGAUCAAGUUCAAGGGAUUUGUGUAAUUUACCUAUCUUCUGAAGAAGCGAUCUUAAGCUUAUUUAAAUUAACCAAGGUGUAUCUUGGGAAAAGAGAAAAUGUGAAGUUAUAUGCAUGGAUCAUUCUAUUAAUUAAAUAUAAAAGUCAUAAUGAUGUUAAAUAUCAAUACCUCUUGUGCUGCCUACCUUUAAUCCAGUCUUGGCCUUUUCCACCUAGGCUGAAUAAAUAUAGGUUCCAAAGGUAACCAAGGGAUUCCAGAGCUUUCUAGAAAGACUUCUCUGGUCCCCUCCUCCCCAGCUUUAAUGCUGUUUUCAUACUCACCUGUGUGUACCUAGUAUGUUGACCAGUAGGGGGCACCUGUGAGCAGCGUGCGAUAUUAGGGUGACCUCAGUUCUCCAGACUGAGGCCAGCCACUCCAGCUAGCUCAUAAAGGGAGAUCACUGGACCAUGACAGACAGCUCAUUUUUGAAAACGCUUUGAGAAUAUAUACGUGGCUGCGAACUACUACACCUCUUAACCUCUCCAUCCCCACGAGCCCGUAUCAUAUAAGGCUUAAAGUAAACACUCAGGUUAUAAACCAGUUCUGUUGUGGGAGCCCUGUCCCCAGAGAAAGGGUUAACCGUAAGUGAUUCCGUGUGGUAGAGAAAGCUAGGCUGAGGGGAACUGGUACGAACCCCGACUCACCUCUCACACAACCAUUCUUCAGUGUUGGAAUUUGCUUUUAGGAGGAAAAAAAAUCAAAAGUAACCCCAUAUUAUACAUAGAUUGGCACUUGUGUGAACAGGCUGGUCUCAUCCCUUGCUUGCCUCUGUUCCUAACUCUCACGUUUAAUUUCUGCUGUAGUCUGUUUUUUUUUUUUUUUCUUAUCUCGUCUCCCGUACUUUUCCCUGAGCCUCCUGAGGGAGGACUCUUCACACACAAGCAAGAGGAGGAUGUGGGUGGAGGACCGUGGUGGGAGGAACUGCCCAGGCCUGUCUCCCUUGGGUGGAGCAUCUUCCAGGAGGAGAAGGAGGACGGACGGACGUGAUCCUUUUGCCGGUGGCAGCCUACCAGGUCGUCCUCAACCCCAGCAAGGUCACAGGAGAUGCUGUCGACCACCAUGGUGGGCACACUGGUCAGAGGGUGGAGAAAUCGGAGCUCCCCUCGAAGAGCCGAGUCAAAGCUCCCCACCCCACAGAGGCAAGGUGGAAUUCGGAUUCCGGACGGGCAUCACCGGUGGCAACUUGAAGUGCCAUCAGCUGUAACUCAAGUUCCUGAUCCCAAGACCACAGCUGAACCUUCCCGGUCCCCAGAACCAAAGACCAUGGAGCUUUCGGACAGUGACCGACCCAUCAGCUUUGGCUCCACCUCAUCCUCGGCCUCCUCCAGGGACAGCCAUGGUUCCUUUGGCAGCAGGAUGACUUUGGUUUCAAAUAGCCACUUGGGCUUAUUUCACCCGGAUAAGGAAGCUGGGGCCAUAAAGCUGGAGCUGGUACCAGCACGGCCAUUUUCCAGCAGCGAGCUGCAGCGGGACAACCCUUCCGGGCCACCGAACAUGGAUGGGGUCAGCGAGAGGCAGCCCAGGACCCCAUGGAGAGUGGACACAAAUGGGACAUCCCAGCCCAAUGCAGACUCGGACACCAGCCCCAAGCUCCUCUAUGUGGAUAGAGUGGUACAGGAAAUCCUGGAGACGGAGAGGACUUACGUGCAAGAUCUAAAAAGCAUUGUGGAGGAUUACCUCGCAUGCAUCCGGGACCAGACAAAACUUCCCCUGGGGACCGACGAUAGGACUGCUCUUUUUGGAAACAUACAGGAUAUCUACCACUUUAAUAGUGACCUUCUUCAAGAUCUGGAAAACUGUGAAAAUGAUCCUGUGGCCAUAGCAGAAUGUUUUGUGUCCAAGAGUGAAGAGUUCCACAUUUAUACCCAGUAUUGCACCAACUACCCAAGGUCUGUGGCCGUGCUAACCGAGUGUAUGAGGAACAAGAUACUGGCCAAGUUCUUCCGAGAGCGCCAGGAAACUCUGAAACACUCACUGCCCCUAGGGUCCUAUCUCUUAAAACCAGUCCAGCGGAUUCUCAAAUAUCAUCUCCUUCUACAUGAAAUAGAAAACCACCUUGACAAGGACACAGAAGGCUAUGAUGUGGUGCUUGAUGCUAUAGACACAAUGCAGAGAGUGGCCUGGCACAUCAAUGACAUGAAACGGAAGCAUGAGCACGCUGUCCGCUUGCAGGAGAUCCAGAGCUUGCUAACCAACUGGAAGGGGCCAGACCUCACCAGCUACGGGGAGCUGGUGCUUGAGGGGACCUUCCGCAUCCAGAGAGCCAAGAAUGAGAGGACACUCUUCCUCCUGGACAAGCUGCUUCUCAUCACAAAGAAGAGAGACGACACGUUUACCUACAAAGCUCACAUCCUGUGUGGCAACCUCAUGCUUGUGGAGGUGAUUCCCAAGGAGCCGCUCAGCUUCAGUGUCUUCCACUACAAGAACCCCAAGCUGCAGCACACAGUUCAGGCCAAAUCCCAGCAAGACAAACGGCUCUGGGUCCUGCACCUGAAGAGGCUCAUUCUGGAGAACCAUGCCGCAAAGAUCCCAGCUAAGGCCAAGCAAGCAAUACUUGAAAUGGAUGCCAUCCACCAUCCAGGCUUCUGGUACAGUCCUGAGGGACAGAUGAGGACGCCAUGUGGCUCCAAAGAAGGCCCUGCACCACAUCGGCAGAGGCGGAAAUCUGAGCCUUCCUCGCGGUCACACAAAGUGUUGAAGACCAGCGAAACUGCACACGAUAUCCAGAAGAUUUCUAGAGAAGAAGGCUCCUCCCAGCUGACUUCUUCCGCCACGCCUUCUCCUGCCCAGAGGAACAGCCAGCCAAGCAACACUGCCCUCAUCAGUCUCCUCCGUGGGGGUGGGGCCAUCAGAAGCCUCUGGACGGAUCACCACGUCAGGCAGUCCUUGUUUCCCAGCCGCCGGUCUCCACAGGAGAACGAAGACGAUGACGACGACUACCAGAUGUUCGUCCCGUCCUUUUCCUCCUCCUCGGAUCUCAAUUCCACCAGGUUGUGUGAAGAGAACACUUCGAGUCGCCCUUGCAGCUGGCACCUGGGACUGAUCGAGCCCGCAGAGCUCUCCACUUCCGGUCACAGGAUAGUCCGGCGGGCCAGCAGCGCGGGCGAAAGCAACACGUGCCCUCCCGAAGUAAGAAUCAGGGACAGUGAUGGCUCCCAGUAUUGUCCCAGGAGAGAACUGCAGAAUGGCCCUCAACCAGGAGGCCAGGGAGGGAUGACUCCCUUUGGGUCAUCUGUGGAGUUGACAAUUGAUGACAUCGACCACGUCUAUGAUAACAUAAGUUUCGAAGACUUGAAGUUAAUGGUGGCUAAGCGGGAUGAAGCUGAAUUCUCUCUCCCCAAAUCACCUAGAGACUCUGUUCGCCCCAAGAGCACUCCAGAGUUAGCCUUCUCAAAGAGGCAGGCUAGCCUCAAUACAAGCUCUCUCUACCCAAAGAAAGAGGCAGCUCCCAGUGGUCAAGAGGCAUCUAACCAAAGCAUACAUGAACUCCAGGUAGUAGAAGAAAACAUCUAUGACACCAUAGGGCUUCCAGACCCACCAUCACUGGACUUCAAAUGCAGCACCCUUAAGCAGCCCAAGAGGAGCACCUUCCUGGGUCUGGAAGCUGAUUUUGCAUGCUGUGACAGCUUGAGACCCUUUGUCUCCCAGGACAGCCUCCAGUUCAGUGAGGACGAUGUGUCUUACCAUCAGGGACCCUCGGACACUGAUUACUUGAGUUUGUUAUAUGACUCUCCCCGCUGUAACCUGCCUAUUGCAGAUAAGGCCCUGUCAGACAAGCUGUCCGAAGAAGUAGAUGAAAUCUGGAACGACCUGGAAAAUUACAUCAAGAAAAAUGAAGACAAAGCGAGAGACCGCCUCCUCGCAGCGUUUCCUGUGAGCAAGGAUGAUGUGCCGGAGAGGCUGUAUGUGGACAAUACCCGCGAGCUGAGCAGAGAUGCAGGACAUGCCACAUCUAUGCUGUCCCUUCCUGGGAGCCAGACUUUUCUCACGCCUGGGAAAAGCCGGGAUUCCAGAGCCAGCGGGGUCAACUGCUCCCGCGAAGACGACCUGAUUUCUACAGAAGGCUCCUUCGUGAGUCUUAACCCACUCUCUCUGGCCAGGGAAGUGCCUCCUGUGGACAGUCCCUAUGACCUGGCCAACUACAACCUGCCCCAAGCAGACCCAGAAAGCCCUGACCUUGGGAUAGAGGCCACAGAUAAGACCAAGAGCAGGGUCUUUAUGAUGGCAAGGCAGUAUAGUCAAAAGAUUAAGAAGGCAAAUCAGCUUUUGAAAGUGAGAAGCCCAGAGUUAGAGCAGCCACCAUCCAGUCAACAUAAGCCCACUCACAAAGACCUGGUGGCCAUCUUGGAAGAGAAGAGGCAAGGAGGGCCUGCCAUUGGUGCCAGGAUUGCUGAAUAUUCCCAACUGUAUGACCAGAUCGUGUUCAGAGAGACACCACCCCUUAAAGUUCAGAAGGAUGGCUGGGCUAGGACCCAAGAACCCUCUCUCCACAGGCCUGCGUCACCUCCCCAGGCCCAGCGCGCUGGUGAGGACUGGCUUUGGCAUUCGCCCUACAGUAACGGAGAGUUAGCCGAUUUCUGCGCCCCGCCAGAGCAAGACUCAAAGGCAAACUAUCAUACCACGUUAGACUCCAUGGCCAAAAGCAUUCCCAGGCAGUUGUCGGCCGCUUGUUCGGUGCCUUCUCUUCAAGUGUCAGACCCCCUGCUGGGCUCCGGGCCGCAGAGAUGCAGCGUGGUGGUCAACCAGCCCCACAAAGAGAACUCCUGUGCAGGCCAUCUUUACAACUCGCUGGGUCGCAAAGCCAUCGGGACGAAAGCCCAGCCGUACAGCAGGCCCCAGUCAUCUUCCUCGGUCUUGAUAAACAAGUCCCUUGACUCCAUCAACUACCCGAGCGAGACGGAAAAAAAGCAACGGCUGUCUUUACAGAAGAGUCCCAGAGGUGCGAGCCAGCAGGACUUGCUGUCCGGCGCGGCGGACUCAUGUCAACAGGACACUCGAAAACGCUCGGAUCUCACACUCCAAGACUCACAGAAAGUUCUGGUGGUAAAUCGAAAUGUACCCUUAAGUGCCCAAGUAGCGACACAGAACUACUUUUCUAAUUUCAAAGAGUCUGAGGGAGAUGAAGAUGACUAUGUGGAGAUAAAGUCCGAAGAGGAGGAGGCGGGGCUGGAUCUCUCCCUGAGUCAAGGCAGGAAGCCUGACCCAGAGAUCGCAGACCCUGACUGUUCUGGUAACCACAGCACACCUUGCUCUUUGAAAGAGCCAGUGAGCAGCAGGCUUCCCCCUUACCUGACAGCGUGCAAGGACUCUGACAAACUGAAUGAUUAUCUGUGGAGGGGGCCGUCACCCAGUCAGCAGAACCUUGUCCAGUCUCUGAGGGAGAAAUUUCAGUGUCUGAGCUCCAGCAGCUUCGCCUAGGGUUCUAGAACAGUCCGAACUGGCGCCGGAGGCUUGCAAAUUACCAAUAGGGAGGAGGCGUUUUGUUGUUGUUGUUGUUGUUUUUUAAUAUAUGUACCAGUUUAAAACAAUUUUGUAAUAACCAGAGGUGUAAACCAUGCAUUCUUUCUUCACAGCACAGCUCCUUGAGCUAGCUGCCGAUGACAUUUUCCCAUAUCCUGACCUAUAGCGCUCACUCAUAUAAUUCUUAGAUCACCUCCCUCCCCGCACCCCAAGGAGUCUUAUUCUGUGACUCAGAGGCAGCACGAGUCUCUUUCGCAGUUUUUAAAAAGAGAAACUAAAGUUAUUUAAAGAAUUAUAUGUGACAUUUCUGUUAUAUUUAUGGCAAGACUCAAGAAUGACGUAUGCCAGAGAUCGCUGAUGAGAAUACAGCUUUAUCAUGUAUGUUAAGGUUCCCACACUGGCGUUCCUAUCAUAUUUCCUGUAGAGGCCAACAUUAUGUGACUAUUAAAAAAAACUAAAAUAUAGCCCUAAGACCAACUCGCUAUUAGAAA